UCAUUUCACUUUUGCUAUAUAAAUUCCCUCAUUAUUCUCCCAAGCAACAAAAUUUUAUUUACAAUUCCCAACAUUCCAAUCUUUCAACUUUCAACUUUCAACAUUCUCCCUCACACCCACAUGUCUAUCUCCAAUUCAAGGAGGUUUCUCCUUCCCUCCCCCACCGCCGCCGCCAGUCCGCCGGAGCUAGCGCAGCCCCGUCCUGGCUUCGGUAGCUUCGACAUGAACGUAGUAAUGGUUCUUUCAGUUUUACUCUGCGCUUUAAUUUGCUCUCUGGGUCUCAACGCCAUCCUAAAAUGCGCGUUGAGGUGCUCCACUUUGCUAGCCACGGUGUCAGGUGGGCGUGGUGGUGGGGCCUUAGUGGUACAUCCGAAAGGUGUUCGACGAAACGUCUUAAAGAAAUUCCCAACAGUUGAGUACUCGAAAGAAGGGAAUAAAUUGAGAGGAAUUGAUGGGGAGUGCGUGAUUUGUUUGUUGGAGUUUGAAGCAGGGGAUCGGGUUCGUGUAUUGCCCAAGUGUUAUCAUGGAUUCCAUGUUCAUUGCAUCGAUAAAUGGUUGAGUUCUCAUACUUCUUGCCCCAAGUGCCGCAAUUGCCUUACUGACACUUGCCAUAAGAUCGCCGCCGGCUGCGGGCAGGAGACGCCCGUGACAACGGCUGCAACGGCAGCAGAGAGUUCAUCCUCUGUUGAACCACCGCGGGCGGAGGAGGUGGAGGUGAAUGUUGUUAUUGCUCCGGUGGAAAGGGAAGGUAUGAUAAAUAACUAUAGGGAAAGUAUGAGUAGAUGAGAUUGAAGUGGGAAGUGGGGUUUAGCUGAGGAACUGUGGGGUUGGGUUGUUUUUUGUGAUUGAUGGAGCAUUUUGGCUGCUUUUGCUUUUGCUUACAAGUAACCAACUUUUUUUAAAAAACAUUAAUUAGGAUUACAAGGAAAGGUCUAGUUAAGCUAAGAUUAAUUAGUGUACCUAUUCAAAUGUAAAUAUCUUCUCUUUUUCAGUCUCUUUUUCCCUUCCUUCCAAUUAAAUGAAAAGGUUUUGGUUUAUUAUAAUUA